AUGCCAGUUGAUCAGUUCAUGCGUGAAUCACCGCAUUAUGUUUUUCAGCGUAACCUUAAUUUCGUGAAUCUUUUAUAAUCACCUCGAAAUACAUCAAAUAAUUCCUGUAAUACGCAACAGAAUACUUGUGAAGUUGUACUUUCUAUUAUUUUACAUUCUUUAUAUUUUCUUGUGUUUACAAUGGAAAAAGUAAGAAAAAUGUCCACGGAGGAAAGCCUGCGCUUCAUCAGGCAAUCAUUGAAAUCGGAUGAAAUGGAUCAUCUUGAGGGUAUCCAUUUCGAUAGAUUGUACCCUCACGUGUUUGUUACCCUCGGAGCUUCUGGCGAUUUAGCGAGGAAGAAGAUCUAUCCAACGCUAUGGUGGCUGUUCAGAGACAAUCUUUUACCAAAACCCACCACAUUCGUGGGUUACGCGCGCACAAACCUGACUGUGGAUCAAUUAAGAGAAAAGUGUCAUCCAUACAUGAAAGUGAAACCAGACGAGCAGGAGAAAUACGAGGAGUUUUGGAAACUGAAUCACUAUGUCGCUGGUACGUACGAUUCACAGAAAGGAUUUGAAGCGCUGAACAAUGAACUGAUGAAAUACGAACAAAACUAUCAAAUCACUCACAGACUGUUCUACCUGGCCUUGCCUCCGAGCGUUUUUGAAAGCGUAACCGUACAUAUUAGGAACGUUUGUAUGAGUAACAAAGGCUGGACCAGAGUGAUUAUAGAGAAACCAUUUGGUCGUGACACAGUUACGUCACAGUAUCUAUCCGAUCACCUAGCGUCGUUAUUUAAAGAAGAUCAGAUUUACCGUAUCGACCAUUAUCUAGGCAAAGAAAUGGUUCAAAAUCUGAUGACUCUGAGAUUUGGUAAUCGAGUAUUUGGUCCAACCUGGAACAGGGAUAACAUUGCUUCUGUACAAAUUACAUUUAAAGAACCGUUUGGUACGCAAGGAAGAGGCGGCUACUUCGAUGAAUUCGGUAUCAUUAGGGAUGUCAUGCAGAAUCAUUUGUUGCAAAUCCUAUCGUUGGUUGCGAUGGAGAAGCCGGUGUCUUGUCAUCCAGAUGACAUCCGAGAUGAGAAGGUAAAAGUGCUGAAGUGCAUAAAGUCUUUGGAGUUGGAGAAUGUUGUGUUAGGUCAAUACGUUGGUAAUCCUGAAUCGACUGAUCCUGAUGCUCGACUUGGUUAUUUGGAUGAUUCAACUGUACCGGCUGGUUCUAACACUCCCACAUUCGCUCUCGCCGUGUUAAGAAUUAAUAACGAACGAUGGGACGGUGUUCCAUUUAUCCUCAAGUGUGGGAAAGCGUUAAAUGAACGAAAAGCAGAAGUUAGAAUACAAUAUCAGGAUGUAUCUGGUGAUAUAUUCGAUGGAAAAGCGAAGAGGAAUGAAUUAGUAAUUAGAGUACAACCAGGUGAAGCGUUGUAUAUUAAAAUGAUGACAAAGUCGCCUGGUAUCGCGUUCGACAUGGAGGAAACGGAGUUGGACCUUACGUAUGGUUACAGGUACAAGGGCCUGAAACUCCCGGACGCGUAUGAACGAUUAAUUUUGGACGUAUUUUGCGGCUCGCAAAUGCAUUUUGUACGUAACGAUGAACUUUCGGAAGCGUGGAGAAUUUUCACGCCUCUGCUUCAUCGAAUAGAAAAUGAAAAGAUCAAACCUGUUCCAUAUAGUUAUGGUUCACGAGGACCUAAAGAAGCCGAUGAAAUGGCAAAGACAAAUAACUUCAACUAUUACGGUUCUUACAAAUGGGCGAGACACUAAGAUUUUUGUAACAUUAGUACUGUAAAAUAUAUACGUAUACUAUACAGAUCGCAAAAAACUAUACCACAAAUCAUCAUCUGUAAUCAUUCCACAUAUCGUACAUUGAGGUAUGUACGGUAAUUUCCGAAA